AUGUCAGAUUCGCAGACCAAGCGGAUUUACUGCGCCCAACAGAUAAACGUACCGCCGACGUUGCCGCAUAUUCUGAAGCUGUACGCGAAGGCGGCAAUUCGCACGCAACCGCACGAUCUUCUGCGAUGGACCGCCGCGUAUUUCCGCGCCCUGGCGAACGGCGAGGUGCCGCCGGCGAAGGACAGACUGGAAUAUCCACCCUUUAUGCACCCCUCGGGCAUCACGCCCGGCUACCUGAGGACCCUGCUCGACAGAUUCGCUCGCGUGAACAAGGUCCGCCUGAAAGACCUCCUGCAGGACUGGCGAGGGUUGGAUUUGCCCGAGACGAGUCUCUAUCAGCUUUUUAUGGUCGCCGGUUUAUUGCGGGAUAAAGAGUACUGCGACUUUUAUCGCUUCCUCGCGGUCGCCUGUGGAUUUUUAGGAAAUAAUCUUCUCGAGACGAUGACAUACGUGUGCGAACUACUGACGCGCGAGCCGGAAGGCGGCUCGGCCAUGAUACCCCUGAGGAUUUUCCUGGAUCUCUACGGAUAUCUGGCGGAUCUCGAUUGCGGGCGUCACCGUCGCAAAGCCGAGGAGCGCACCGAUUUCCCGCACGACGCGACAACGUCCGUCUCGGAGCCGUCGUCUGGCACGAUCGAUUUGACGACGAGGGCUCGCAGCUGUGAGUUCGCAGCGAUGGAAAAGGUAUCGGGCAGCCGCCGCGUUUCUCUUCCGGUUGAAUAAAAUAUCCGGCCUGACGCGACUCCCGUUCGGUAACGGGGCAACUCUUCGUUUUAUCUCAUCGGAUUGCGAAAAAACCGUUCCAGCGGCCCUUUAAUGAGAUAGCUCUGGAAUAUCCUAUUUCCUCGGUC